GAUGAGUGAUGCAAGAGGGAGAACGAAGGGGUUGGCUGAAGUCUUCUUCCCCCGGCUGGAUCCUAGCUCAGUUGCUCGUCCGGUACAGCCUUGAUCACAUCGUUUCCGUGGCCGGCGACUAACUACUACUCCAAGACAUUAAGUUCAGGCCUUAAAGAACACACUGAAGGAUCUCUUUAGCAAGAUGAAGUUAACUGUUCUCCUGCUGUUGGUCAGCGUAGGCCUAUCGGCUGCCGUGGACUGCGACACCAGCGACAUCGCCUGCUCCAACGGCGAGAAGUGCAUCCCCCAAAGGUACAUCUGCGAUUCGGACAACGACUGCACCGACGCUUCUGACGAAGACGCGGAACUCUGUAGCGCGUGGAAAAACAGCAAAUGCGACAGGAACUCCGUCGAAUGCUUCAGGAACGGGGAGACGAAAUGCAUCGAAAUCUCCGAGUACUGUAGAUCGGAAGCUCCCGCGUGUGAUGGCUCGCUAGACCGGCGUAUUUGUUUGAUGCUUGCGGGCCAAAGGAUCGAUAAACUGAGCAACUUCACUCUACCAGAUGAUGCACCAGGAAAUCUCAACAGGUCAAAUGAACUGGCGAACAGAUUUCGCUCAAUUCUGCCCAAUACCAUCUCACACGAAAGCUGCCCUACUCUAUAUACCCUCGUUGGAGACCAGUGCCUUUCGGUGUUCUACAUUGGCAGCGUGAGCUGGGGCGAAGCUCGGGCUUUCUGUAAGGUCCUAGGCGGCGACCUGUUGACGUUCAAGAACAUCAGCCAGUUUGCAGACAUCGUGCAACACCUGCAGAGAUAUGAAUUGUCAUCUAGCUUCUGGAUUGGGGGCUCAGUCACCAAUGACACUGAAGGCUGGACGUGGAUAGAUGGCUCCCCUAUGGAGAUGGGAACUCCGUUCUGGGCUACAAGGUACAGCGGAAACUGCGUCAACCGGAACGUCACAACGGCCAAAUCAGAGGCAACAUGCUACCACUACUACCAGAGUCCCGAGGCGGUGCCCUCGGGGGAAUGUGCCAGCCUCUCCUUCGAACACUCCUACUACAUCUCUGACGAAGACUGCCUGAGGAAGAUGAGUCCUCUGUGCGUCUAUCAGGGAACCGAUUUCCCCAAAAGAACAGGGUUCUAAGAGGUCCCUCCCGGAUCCUGUGAAAGCGUCCUAUAGGAUCUUGAGUUCUAAGUGCUAGUAGGGAUCCUAAGGACUCUUCUUUAGAGCCUGAGGGCAUGUCCUCGAAUUCUACGGGCAUAGAAUAGUGUCUAGAAUUCGUUAUGUUCAACAUAGGUGUUGAGAGGUAAUUUUUUUUUUUAAAUUUGCGGACGCGUCUUGAAAUAAUAUUGAAUGUUUUAAUGUAGAUGCUUUUUAUCUCUCUCUCUCUCUCUCUCUCUCUCUCUCUCUCUCUCUCUCUCUCUCUCUCUCUCUCUCUCUGCGCAAAAUGGCCAAGAUACAAAUGUUAAAAGCCGCUGAUUGAACUCAAUGUUUGUUUGUUAGUUCUAAAUAAAUUGUUGCAGAACUA